GUCUUCUCCUCGCGUGCAUGUAUAUAUACUGUCGUGACUGCCAUGAAGUCGCCCUUCAUAUCCCCACCCCGCUACACUCAACCUCACCAUGACCUCCAUCCUGCCCGACACCGUCAAUCCCGCCACCCUCCUCAGCGGCCGCUUCCGCCCCGACCAGAUUCCUGACCUUGCAGGACGCGUCGCCAUCGUCACCGGUGGCUCUGCAGGCAUCGGGUACUACGAUGCCCUCGCCCUCGCACGCGCGAAUGCACGGGUCAUCAUCGUGUCCGCGAACGAGGAGCACGGGACGCAAGCAGAGGCGGACCUCAAUAGCGCACUCAAAGAUGCCAGCUCUAGCGGCACUGUCAAGUGGUACGGCGUCGACUUCGGCACACUGAAGGACGUGGACACGCUUGCAAAGCAGCUUGCGGGCGAGCUGGAUCGACUUGAUAUCCUCAUUUGCAACGCGGGCAUCGGGCAGGCGCCGUUCGGCUUGACGAACGACGGGCUGGGGCGGCACUUCGGGGUUAACAACCUCGCCCACUACGUCUUCACCCUUCGAUUGCUGCCGCUCAUGAAGAAGACCGCACUCUCCGCACCGCCCACGACAGUGCGCAUAGUGAUGCAGUCCUCCGAGAUGCACCGCAUGGCGCCCAGCACGACCAAGUUCGCCUCCAAAGAGGAGAUCAACGCGCCCGGCGACGGCGCGCAGCUCUACGGGCGCACCAAGCUCGGGCUCAUCUACUUCGCGCGUCAGCUCGUCAAGCGUCACCUCGCAGACCUCCCGCCAGACCGCCCCAUUCUCGUCAUGAGCGUGCACCCUGGGACGGUCGACACGGACGUGCAAAAACAAUGGGAAGAGUCGUACGGUGCGAUCGGGAAGGUGCUCGAUGUGGUCACUAGGAAGGUGGGCAAGAGCGCGGCGGAGGGCGCUGAGGCGAGUCUGUGGGCUGCGGUGAGCACAGACAUAUACGAGGGCAACUGGAAAGACUACCAGGCUCACUAUUACUCGGAGGCGUACGGCAAGCCCGACCAGGAGAGUAAGCUAGCGAAGGAUGAGACGAUUGCGAAUAACUUCUGGGAGUUGUGUGCGAAAUUGACAAAGGAGAUCACUGGUGAGGAGCUCAGAUGAGCCAGGCCUAUAUAUGCUACACGAGGAUAAACGUACCGUACAAGUCUUCGCAUGCCACGGUUGAUUGCAAUUGUAUGAUAGAUCACAGAGUUUCUGUACGAGUAAACCAUGAAACAUUGCGCCAGAUCUCAGGUGUCUGCAUGAUGAUGCCAAUUGGUUGCCUCGACC